AUGCACUGUCUCGAGGGGGAUGCUCUACCGGAAAACCUGCUCCGACCUGCUCUCCGGAUUGUCCUUGUUGCGCUGGUCUACCUCCACCAAGCCAAAGUAAUUCAUACCGAUAUCCAGCCGCGUAAUGUCCUUCUUAGCAUUGAUGACGAGUCCAUUCUUCCUGAAAUGGAAGAGGAUGAGGUCUCCAACCCUGCUCCACGAAAGCAGCUUGGUGAUCGUACCAUUUAUGCUACUCGUGCAAUGCCGCUGACAAGCGGCGAGCCGGUCGUCGCCGACCUUGGGGAGGCGCGGAUCGCUGAAGGGAAACAGACUGGCCUCAUCAUGCCAAGUGCUUACCGGGCGCCAGAAGUUAUGUUAGACAUGCCGUGGGACAACAAGGUCGACAUAUGGGCUGUGGGUCAAAUGGCAUGGACAUUGUUCGAGCAGGGACAUCUUUUCAAGACUCAAACUCUGGAAAAUGAUACCCAACACGCCCAGAGAUUUGCCGAAAUGAUUUCCCUUCUGGGACCACCACCGGUUGAGUUCCUGAGACGAAGCGAAGAAAGUCUGAAAUUCUGGGACGAGAAUGGUGAUUGGCGAGGCUCCGUAGGUGUCCUAGAGCAAUCUCUGGAGAGUCGUGAAUCGAGACUCGAGGGCAGUAACAGGAUCCUUUUCCUCAACUUCCUACGCAAGGCUCUCUGCUGGCUGCCCGAAGAAAGGCCGACUGCGGAGGAGCUCUUGUUCGACGAGUGGCUGAGAGGUGACGAUUAUUGA